UACCGGGUAUGAGCUCGGGCCUGUACUACGAACGGAGUUCAACCUACUUAGAACUAACUCAGGGUUUCCGCGGUAACCCGGGGUUGACUAAACCUGGACAUCUUGAUUGGUCUUAAACGGUACUACGACGCUGAUUAUGAAGUUGAUCAGCUGAACCUGUGUUCACUCAACCAGAGUUACUGCGCGUUCACAUAAAAGGGGUGGUACCAGCGCAAAAAAACACUCUCGAUCAUGGCGCGCUCUCCCUAUUUCACAGAAGAGGAAUGCGAGAUCAUAAUGAGGAGUUAUGAAGAGUAUAAACCGACCCUGGCUGCUAAAUCCAACACCGCGGCAGCAAACAAGGCGCGACUGGGGUGUUGGCAGCAAAUUACAGACCGCGUAAAUUCAGGUACCAGCAGCGCCAAACGGACCUGGCAGCAGGUGAAGAUGAAGUACGAAAACAUCAUUCAGAAUGCCAACAAAAAGAAGGUAGAAAUAAGGCGCACAGGAGGAGGGAGGGCACCAGACUCCUUUACUCUUGCUGAAGAGUUGGCCCUAGCCAACAACAGUGGCAGGGUGAUGAUGGAUGGGGUGGCAGGGGUACAGUCUAACCCUGGGGCAGCUGAAAUGUCCACCCUCUAUGUGCAAGUCGAGGGUGGAAACAUCACAACCCUGCAGCCACCAGGAUGCAUUCAUCCUCUGACACAGGAUGAUGAUGAUGAUGAUGAUGAUGAUGAUGACGAGACCCUCACAGCCCCCUCCGACACACACAUGCAGGAGGACUUGGAGGAGCUUUCCCCUCCUGAAGCCUCCCUCCCAGGGACCUCACAGUCAGACAAAGCCACAGUGGACAAUGUCCGCAGUUUAUACAAGAAAGUGCUGGAGCUAGACCGCACAAAGAAGAGGCUGGAGAUCAGAAAGCUGGAAUUAGAAAUUGAAAAGCUGGAACAUGAGAAGAAGGUAUUGUCUUAUCACUCCAUUAAUAUAUAGGCUACCCACACCCUAUAUGUGUGUCAUUGAUCUGGCUUUUCGUCACCUUUUCUUCUUGCAGGAAAGAGAGUCAUCUAAUAAAUGAAGAAUAUCAGA